GUUGGCGACGAAAGGAAGCCAUCGCGGUUGCUCGAAUUGGGGGGCGGAGGCGAGGCAGAUUUGGCGGAGAGAGGGAGGGAGAGGCGAUUGUGAGGAGGAGGAGGAGGGAGGAUGAGUGUGAUCGACAUCCUCACGCGGGUCGACGCGAUCUGCAAGAAGUACGAGAGGUACGACGUCGAGAAGCUCAAUGCCGACAACGUCCACGGCAAUGACGCCUUCGCCCGCCUCUACGCCUCGGUCGAGUCCGAUAUCGAAUCGGCCCUCCAGAAAGCGGAGAUGGCGGCCGGCGAGAAGAAUCGGGCGGCGGCUGUGGCGUUGAAUGCCGAGGUCCGACGCACCAAGGCGCGGUUGUUGGAGGAGAUCCCCAAGCUGCAGAGAUUGGCCGUCAAGAACGUAAAAGGGCUCUCAAAAGAAGAACUUGCAACACGAAGUGAUCUGGUACUUGCUCUGCCAGGCAGAAUUCAGUCAAUUCCAGAUGGGAGUACAAAUGGAUCAAAACAAACUGAAAGCUGGACAGCCUCUCGCACAGAAAUUAGAUUUGACUCAACUUCAGAUGGAAGGUUUGAGAGUGAGUAUUUUCAACAGACUGAAGAAUCAAGCCAAUUUAGGCAAGAAUAUGAGAUGCGCAAGAUGAAACAGGAUCAAGGUUUGAAUAUUAUAUCAGAAGGUCUGGAGACACUGAAAAACAUGGCCCAUGAUAUGAAUGAGGAAUUGGACAGGCAAGUCCCUCUCAUGGAUGAAAUUGACACUAAGGUGGACAAGGCUACUUCAGACCUGAAGAAUACUAAUGUCAGACUUAAGCAGACUGUGAAUCAGUUAAGAUCCAGCCGCAACUUCUGCAUUGACAUAAUCUUGUUGUGCGUUAUUCUCGGCAUUGCGGCUUAUUUAUACAAUGUUUUAAAGAAAUGAGAUGUGCCGGAAACCGGUAUUCUACUUUGACCUUCAAGCUGAUUGCUCUUCUAUUCCUCAGAAACAAGUUAUGGCAAUGUGUCCAUUGUUGCUGCUUCUUUUUACUUUGCUCGCCUUUUUAUUGUAAAUGAAAUUUGAGGAGAAAUCUUGGUUGUUGGAAUACUACGGAGACAAUGUGGCUUGUUUAUUACUACAAUUCUGUGAAUCAAUUCACACAAAUAUAUAAUUUUAAUUUUCUUUUUCUUC